AUGAUGGAUUUCCAUACGAUUACAGAGGCGGAAGUGGUGUGUCGAAAGUGGAAGGAUUUCAUCCAACGGCGGCGUCGUUUUUUUGCGUGCGGUUUCGAUUAAAUUAAUUUGUUUUUUAAUAGCGAAAAUAUAGUUUAUUAAUCCUUUUGAGAAGUAUAGCUUGGGUGUUUAUUUUUUCUUUUUGCCCAUGCUUUGCAACAAAAAAAAAACAACCUUGAGACUUUGUAAAAUUGCCUCUGCUCCUUCAAACACCCCAGCCAGGAGUUUUGAAACUAUGUUUAAAAAAAUUUCUUUUUUCAGACGAUACAAAGUCCGAGAAGCCGGUCUGACAUUCACCAUUUCCGGUGACGAGGGCCAUGUCGUUUUUGGAGAGGACAGCGAUGUUUUUCUCUGAAAAUGUUCGAUAGAUGAUCAGAUAAUUUCCAGUUCUGCAAGAUAUUUCCCCUUGGCAACGAUUUUUAUCAAAAAGUCGAAUGUAUUGAGCCCCGAGAGUUGUAUCUGAACAGCAGCAUGCAAGGCGACCUUCAUGUGGAGUUCAACUCCCUUCCUAGAGAAUGGUACACAGACGCCGAAAGUGUUCGUACUUUACGGAAUUUUCACUGAGAAAUGAAAAGAGUUCGAAAAAAGAUGAUCCAUUCAUUUUUCAGCCUUCGAAUAUAACUUUUUUUUAUUCUGAAUGGUUUCAAAAAUGAUUUUUUGAGUGUUUUGAGUGAUAAUUUCAAUUUCGAGUCCUUAUAGAAGAUUCACGGCUGGCUUAGGACGCAAAAGGCGUGGCCUGUCUGCGCCCUCCACCAACCAGGCACUGUCUUCACUUUUCGUGCCAGAGCCCAUUCUUCUUCUGGCUCAAGCCAGCCGUGAAAUCUUCUAAAAUUCAUUGAUGCGUGGUUUUUGAUGAUAAAUUAAAUAAUUUAGUACCUUAACAAUUUCAAGCUUUUUUGAUCACUAAAGAGCUACAUUUUCAGCUCAUUAUGAAUUACUGCGGAAAGGGAACCGGCUCGGAACUCGACGAUUUUCUUCCGCGUUUCACGAAACUCAAGAAAAUUGAUUUGAUGGGCCAUUUUUGGGUUGAAACACUCGCUUUUAUCCUCGACAACAUGAAAACCAUUACAUUCCUUUCGUGAGUUCGAUUUUAUUCAUAAUUAAGUUUUAAAAAUUUACCUAAAAUCCCCUAAAAAUGACCGUAAUUAUAGUUUACGGCUGGGAAAUUCUUCCAAUUAAAUCUUAGUAAUGCAUAAUUUCUUAGUUUUUUAUAAAAUUUUUCGAGCAUUUUUCUUAUUUUUGCAGCGGAUACGUGUCGUUUUUCUCGAAAAUGACCUUUAGAUAUUCGUUUCAUGUAAAUCAAGUUGAAUAUUCGUCAAAAAAACUUGUAAAUUUUACUUUCAGGCCAAAAUAUUGAGAGAAAAAUGUAAUUUUAGAGCACCUUCUAUUCACAGAUAAUAAAACUUGGUCAGAUGUAAAAAACACAUUUCAGUGCACUUCUUUUUGAAUCAGAUAAUGGACCGAUCAUUUAGACAUCAGAGAACUCAAAAAAAAAGUCGGUUUUCAGACUUACCGUGGAGGAUCCUGACAUCCUGCAGCAGCCGUUGAAUGUUCGAGAUCCCGAAAUUCGCGCUCUCAUGCGAAAUCAACCUCAAACUGGGCGUCGCGUCGCUGAUUCAGUUCGGAGAGAAUAUGAACAACAUCUCGCGUCGUAUAUCCGGCGUCUCCCCGCCCAACAAAGGGCCAGAAUCAGGCGUGAGGGAGAGCCACCUGCGAAUGAAGCCGUCCCAGAAGUCGCGAAUGAACCACUAGGCGGUGAGCCACUCGCGAAUCUUCCUGUGAACGAAUUAGACCUCGCGAAUGAACCAGGAGUCGCUGAACAAGUCGAAAAUCGGCCUGCGAAUGAAGAAGUCGCGAACCCGCCUGCGAAUGAAGCAGCAGCCGCAGAACCAGUCGCAAAUCCGCCUGCGAAUGAAGCCGUCCAAGAAGUCGCGAAUGAACCAGGAGCCGCAGAACAACUCGCGAAUCUUCCUGCGAUAGAAGAAGCCGUGGCAGUAGCGGAUCCGCCGGCGAUUCAAGAGGAAGUCGCGAAUCAGCCUGCGAAUGAAGACGCCAUGGAAGUCGCGAAUGAAGCCAUCCAAGAAGUCGCAGAAGAGCCAUUAGUCGCAGAACUAGUCGCGAAUCUGCCUGCGAAUGAAGCCGUCCAAGAAGUCGCAGAACCAGUCGCGAAUCUUCCUGCGAACGCAGACGCCAUGGAAGUCGCGAAUGAAGUCGCAAAUGAGCCAGUAGUAGCAGAACAAGUCGCGAAUCCGCCUGCGAAUGAAGACGUCAUGGAAGUCGCGAAUCCGCCUGCGAAUGAAGACGUCAUGGAAGUCGCGAAUCCGCCUGCGAAUGAAGACGUCAUGGAAGUCGCGAAUCCGCCUGCGAAUGAAGACGUCAUGGAAGUCGCGAAUCCGCCUGCGAAUGAACCAGUAGUCGCAGAACAACCCGGGGUACAUUUUACUUCAUUUUUUUUGACUCAUUUUUGUUGGAAUCAAGAAAAAAACAACAGUAUAAAGUUGUGAAGGGGAACAUGAACAUUUCAAAUCAUAAAGUGAACAUGUUUAGUUGAAAAAAAGCAAUUUCGGUCAUAUUAAAUAUUUUCCCUCUUCAAAACUCUGCGGUUAUAAAAGUGAACUUGAAAAGUUCAAGAAGAUAUUAUUUUUUUAAAAGAAAAAAAUAAUCAGAACAAUAAUAGCUUCAAAAUGAGUGGUAAAAAUUUCCAAAAAAUAACAACUUUGAAAUAUCGCUUUUUUUUUCUCAGUUUCUUUGCUUUUUCAAAGAAAAAUCCAAAUUUUUGUUUUUGAAUGGAAAAAAAAAUAUAUCUGUCUUUUAUUUUUUGAAUUUUCGUGAGUUAGGCGAGAAAAUCGGUACGAACGAAGGUCUAUGUUUCAUGUUCAACUGCAAUUUUUGAUCUGCUUAAGUAUACCCUUGAUUUUUCUUAUUGAUUGAUUUGCUGUUUAUAAAUACAUACAGUAUGAUCAACAGGAGCAACAACCGGAAAACCGUCCCCGAGGACCGAAUAUGGUGGCUACCGACGAAGAUUUGAAGACGGUCAUAAGGAAAGCCGUUAAACUUCAACGGUUCGAACUAUACAACGCGGAGAACACCUACUCCACCAACAUGUUUAUCCGGUUUUUGCAGGUUUCUAUUUAAAAUCCGCUACGAGAAUAGUUAAAUGAUAUAAAAAAAUUAAGUUAGAGAUCUAAUUUAUGUGACUUUCUUGAGAAAAACAGCCAUUUUUUUCCGUGGUUUCCAGAAAAAAUUGGUUUUAUAUGAGAAAAAUUCGUUUUAAAAUGUUAAAAGAAGAUCUUGGAAACUUUAGAAAUUUCAAGAUUUUGAGUUUUUUUAGAAAGCCUAAAUUUUCCCAAAUGGCCUUUUUAAGGAUUUUAGUGGCUUUUUUUGACUUUGGUGAGUUCUUUUUAAAAGGAAAAAAAUGCGAUUUUUUCAUUUUGAGGCUUUUAGAACAUCAAUCUGAUGAUUGAAACAGAGUUCUGAGAGAUUUUCAAAAAAUUCUAGCUUAUGAAAUUUUUUCUUGUUGAAGUGGUAUGUGCAAGAUCAGAGCUUUAUUUAUUUAUUUUGGGUUCCAAAAAGUUUUUUUUAAAGUCAAAUAUCAAAUAUUGAACGUUGAAUAAUGAAAAGUUUGAACUAGGGAAGAUAUUACCCACAAAAUUUCCUUAUAAUUUCAAAUUCGCGGCCGCAACGGACCCAACUUCCUUGGAGAACUUUGAAAAACUGUAAUGGCCAUUUAAGAAGUUUUUCGAGGACUUCACUCAAGGGGCCACUAAAAACACCUUUAGAGAAGCCACUAUUGCAGUUUUUAUUGGUCUAGUAUAGCUGAUUCACGGCCAGCUUGGGACGCUAAAGGGGCGUGUCCUGUCUGCGCUCUCCACGAGCCAGGCGCUAUUUCGCGCAUUAUCGUGUCAGGACCCUUUUUUAGAUGGCUCAAGCCAGCCGUGAAUCAUCUAUAGUACCACUUAAACUUCUUAAGAGACCACUGAACUUUAGCCACUUUAGGGGCCACUAAUUCGACUACUCCAGUGGCCGCUAAAACAUUGAAAUCUUAAAAUAACCACUAAAAAACUUCACAGAACAUCCAUUUUCUUUCAGGAAACGGAUUUCGCACCAAAAUGCCAGAUCCACUGCAAGAACUGGGUGUCGGAAAAGUACAAAUUGCAUGACUGGAUCCGAGAAAACUGCUUGGUUCGUGAGCAGCCUGACUUUCUCGCGGAUGGUCUGGAUUCCAUGUACCACUUCGAUUUCCGGGAAACCCUCUUUUCCCUCACUUUCGGCCGGGUACGGAGAGCUCAACAAUGA